AUGGAAGAAUCGAUCCCGUCGCUCUCAUCUGGCACGGUCGGGUCUCGCUUCGUAUCUCAAGAUGAAAUCGAGACAACCCGGAAGAGGAGGGAGGAACAGUGGAAAGCUGCGUAUGCACGAUUGGGUCAAGAGCCCCCACCACAGCCUACUGAAGACUCGUACGACGGGAGAAGCUUAGCAGAGAAACUUGCUGCAAACAAAGCAGCAAAGCAGGAAGAAUGGGAAGAGCGGAAUCGUUUAGCAAAUCAAUUCCGGGCCCUCGAGGAAGACGAAGUACUGUUUUUAGAUACCGUGCGAGAGAGGCAGGAAGAAGAGGAACGCGCUCGCCAGGAACAGGACAACGAAGAAUUGAGAUCCUUCAGACAGGCCGUAGCUGCUCGCGAAGCCUUGGCUAACAAGUCGUCCCCUGUGCUGACCGAUACAACUGGGACACCUCAGAGUUCAGGGAAUGGCGCAAAGCCGUCCUCAGGUGUAACCACCGGUAGCAAACCGGCCAAGCCGGCCAACACGGCUUCUACUGGGAAGAGCGCGAAGAACUCUCUGAAAGGGGUGCUGGUCAAGAAGAAGCAGAAGAAAGUGGCGUCUUCUGCCGCGUCGACUGAGACUGCAAAGAGACCCAAUACCGAUCAAGCCAACGAAUCUGAAUCCCAACCAGCGUCGAAAAAACAGAAAGUUACAGAGUCCUGA